CCGUGAACAAACAAUUACAGAUUGAAAUGUCAACACGCGGUUUUCAUUAUUCGUAUUAUAAUUUAAUGUUACUACUGAUGUAAAAAGCAUCGCAUUAAGUUAAAAGAGCACUUUUUUGAAGGGGGAAAAAAACCAAUGACGUCAUUUAGCUGCGACAAACAUCGUCUCCACCGGGAAGGCGGCAUGAUGGAAGUCUCUCCUUCUUCAAGUGUUUCUCUCAGAGAGUUCGGGUGUGAACAAACCUUACUGUCCCGUCCUGAUGGAUCGGCUUCCUUCGUUCAGGGAGACACCAGUGUGAUGGCGGGAGUCUACGGACCUGCUGAGGUCAAAAUCAGCAAGGAAAUCUACGACCGGGCAACCCUGGAGGUUCUGGUUCAUCCCAAAGUGGGACUGCCGGGUGUGAGGGAGCGAUCACAGGAACAAUGUGUGCGGGAAACGUGUGAGGCGUCUCUACUUUUAUCUCUCCAUCCUCGCUCGUCGCUCACGCUCGUCCUGCAGGUGCUGCACGACGACGGCGCUCUCCUGUCCUGCUGUCUGAACGCAGCCUGCAUGGCUCUGAUGGAUGCCGGCUUGUCUAUGAGUUGCCUGUUUUGUGGCGUGACCUGUGCCAUCAGCGCAGACGGUGAAAUCAUCACAGACCCGACUGCAGCUCAGGAGAAGGAAAGUCGAGCUUUGAUGACUUUCGCCAUCGACAGCAAAGAGCGCAGAGUGAUGAUGUCAUCAACCAAAGGCUCGUUCUCAGUUCAUGAGCUGCAGCAGUGCGUAGCCGUCAGUCAGAAAGCGUCAGAGAAGAUCUUCCAGUUCUACAGAGAAUCCGUCAGACGCCGAUACUCCAAGAACCUUUGACCCAAUCGGGAUUUCAAAAAAAAAUUAUAUAUAUAAAUAUUGUGAUGUAAUAAAAUAUUUAGCAAACCAA